AUGAGAUGGAAGUGAAGAAUUAUUCAAAUCAGGUAUUUAUAUUCAUUAUACAGAAGCAGCAUCUGAAUCUUCGUUUAUGAUGUCACAAAAAGAGAAACUUUUGAGAAUUUAAAUUUUUGGAUAAAUAAAAAUCGGGAAAAUGGGCUUGAUAAUUAUUUAUCAAUUGUCGUAGGAAAUAAAGCUGAUUUAGAAAGAGAUAGAACAGUUUUAUUUGAAGACGGCCAAAAUUUUUCAAAUGAUAAUAAGAUGAUGUAUUUAGAAACCUCAGCCAAAACACCAUUUAUAUAG